CUUGUACAAAAUUGUUUGACAGAUGGGAGUGUCAUUUUGAAUUCAUACUAACCUCACUUAAUUCUAUUAAUUAUUCAAUCUGUAAUUUUCAAUAUCUUCGAAAUUGUCCCUUAAAGGGGAUGAGUUUUUGAAAUUGUAACAUCAUGGCACUUGAAAAAAAAGAAAAAUGUCAGGACUUAAACCAAAAUUGUUACAAGGGAUGGACCAUCUUCCUCAUGUACCUGACAGGAAUUGGAAUCCGCUAUUGGUUAAUGUUUUCAAGAUAUCAAACCAUAAUUGCAAACCAUAUUGAAAUAUCCACACCUCUGAACUCAUGGAAACGAGUAUCGGAAGGACUUUGUCUUCAGUCCAAGGGUAUAAAUCCAUAUGACGGGGAUUUACUCCAUGAAGCACCAAUAACAAUAUUAUUCUAUAAAAUAUUGACACAGUCGUGGAAAUUGCACAUUAAGACUAUAUUUCUCAUCGUUGAUGCGGGAACAGCAGCGUUACUGUAUUUUGUUGCAAAGAAAUACAUGUUUCACCUAUUUAUUGAACAAGAAGAAAAUAAAAAGCAGUACGCCCAGAACAGUAAGGAAUUCUUGUUAUCAGGGUCUGAUUUCCUUAAUUCACCAGUUUUUGUAGCAGCGGCUUUUCUUUUUAACCCUUAUACAAUUUUCAAUUGUGUUGGCCAGUCGACUAUAGUGUUUCAUAAUUUUUUCGUAGCCCUUUUUUUGUUUUCUAUGCUAAGCGGUAGUGUUGUUUUGAGUUUACUCUCUCUCGCGUUAUGCACAAUGAUGUCUUUGUACCCGAUAGUAUUAAUUAUUCCAGUUUUCUUGUACUUUUACGGUAUUUACAAAAAUAAAUUUCGUGCGUUUAUCACACCAAUUUUGUUUGUUGCCACACUUGCAGCAUUCAUAAGCAUUUCCAUUACUUUAAGCAACGGUACCGCAUUUAUGAAAAACGUCUACGGUUUCAUAAUAACAGUCCCAGACUUACAACCCAACAUCGGGUUAUUUUGGUACUUUUUCACCGAAAUGUUUGACCACUUUCGAGACUUAUUCAUUAGCUCUUUUCAAAUAAACGCAACCAUUCUGUAUCUAAUUCCACUGUCGGUUAAGUUUCGCAAAGAUCCAUUUUUACUAACUUUUGCACUUUUAUGUCUGAUUUCAGUUUUUAAGUCGUAUCCAUGUUUGGGUGAUGUUGGAUUUGCGUUGAGUCUUUUGCCUUGCUUUAUUCAUUUGUUUAAUUACUCUCAACAAGGAUUUUUGGUGGGAGUGAUUUUUCUUAUUACAACAGCUUUGGGUCCGAUUUUGUGGCAUUUGUGGAUCUACUCAAACUCUGCAAAUGCAAAUUUUUAUUUUGGAGUCACAUUAGCGUUUGCCAUAGCACAAAUUUUUUUGGUUACUGAUAUUUUGUUUGCAUACCUGAAACGUGAAUUUUGUUUGAAUCAUGGGAAGGAAAGGAAGAUUGAUGGAAAGGAUGCCUUGCUUAUUUUAGAAUAGACCAUUUUUUAAGAUUUGUGUGAUCUUGAUGUUAAUCGCAAUAAAUAAGACUUUUUUGUA